GAUCACGCUCCAGGAAACCCAUCCGCCAGCGGGCAACACUCCCCCAAAACGACAAGCCAUCCGACAGCCAUGUUCGCCCUCCGUCGAGCAUGCGUCCGGUGUACGAACAUCACAGCCCUUCCUCGACCGACGUAUGCGAGAUUUCCUCGGGCCAUGUCGACCGGCGGGCCAGAGGACCCUCUAAAGUUUCCCGCAGCGAUUACCGUCAGCAAGCCGGAAGUGCCUAAGGAGGUCGAGUCUCCAGCAGCGGUUGUGAAGGAAGAAACUGCUUCUGUGUCGGCACCGGACGUUUCGGCAGCGUCAGAGAAGGUUCAGGAGCCUAAAAGGAUUGAAUCCUCGACGGCGGUCCCGAAGAGCGCUUCAGUCGUGUCCGAUUUCAAUGACUCGGCAACGCCGGAAAAAGUGGAACAGCCUAAACUGAGCGAAUCCCCGACACUCGAGAGCCCUUCCUUGGUGGCCACUUUGAAAGACCUGGUACCCCGGGAGAAGAUUGAAGCGCCGGAAGUGAGCAAAUCUUCUACACCCGAGAGCACCUCCUUUGUGUCCGCUCUCAAGGACUUGGUAACGCCGGAGAAGGUUGAAGAGCCCAAGGGGAAGGAAUCCUUGACACCGGUUACGGAAAGUGCGUCAUUCGUAUCCACUCUGAAAGAUUUGGUAACGCCGGAGAAAGUCGAGGAGCCCAAAGUGAACCAGGCCUCGACGCAGGUCCAGGAGACCCCUUCCCUCGUGUCCGCUCUCAAAGAUUUGGUUACGCCAGAGAAGGUUGAGCAGCCAAAAGCGAAUGGAACUGCAGCACAGGUCCCGGAGAAUAGCUCUACUGUGCCCGCUCUCAAAAACCUAGGCACACCGGAGAAAGCCGAGGAGCCCAAAGUGAUCGAAUCCGCGACGACACACUUUCCACAGAGUGCUUCCUUCGCGUCUGCCCUCAAGUCCGCCAUAACCGCCAGCAAACCGGGCGAGCAGCCGAAGGAGACCCAGCCCGCAAAAGCCCAACCAGCCCCCCUCACAAAAUCUCCAGGGGCGGAAUUCGUAGAAGAGUUCGGCGUAGACCUCUCAAAAGGCCACGCCGCCCGCAUCGCCAAAAUUCUGCGCAACGACACCCCACUCUCCCUCUCCCCGCGCGGCACCCCCGCUCCCGCCGAGCCCUCAGUCUAUGAGGAAUACAAAGCGGCUCUGUCCUCCAAGCCCGCCACCACCACCCCCGCGACACCCACCGCCACCACCGCAUCACAAAAACCAAUAGAAAAGCACGCCCACCGCCCUAAAACGGAACUCACACUCACAGAAGCCUUCGUGAACAAUAUCAUGAAGGACGGCAAAAAGGCCCGUGCCCGCAGAAUCAUCCGCGACGCUCUGGCCUACAUCCAGCGCGAGGCACCCGCCGGGUCGGACCCACACGUCGUCCUCGAAUCCGCCGUCAACAAAGUCGCCCCCCUCGUGAAGCUCGUAACCCAAAAACGGGGCUCGAAAGGCUUGCAAACACCCACACCCUUAGCGGAACGCCAACGACGGCGGUUCGGAAUCCUGUGGAUCGUGGAUGCGGCCAGCGGUGGGAAAUCGACGAUGGGGUUGGGCGAGAAAAUUGGGAAGGAGGUUUUGGCGGUUGUUGAGGGGACGAGUUCGGCGUUGCAGAAGCGGAUGAAUAUUCAUAAGCAGGCGUUGAUGAAUAGGAGUAAUGUGUUGAUGGUGGAUCGGAAGGUGCGGAAGAUGUGAUGGGUAGCGCGGGAAGGCGAUAGAUAGAUUGUGGAGGUGGAUUCGCGCUGUUUGCGUUUCGGUUCUCUUCCGCCGUUGUGUACGGAGCAACAUCUGUAUUUAACACACCAACGUGGCAUGUUACACUGUACAAAACAUGGACGCAGCGA